CCACUCAUGAAUAACCCGAGCAGUGGCGGACCGGCCCCGCGCAUUUCGACAUACAGCGACGGUACCACCCACCAGCAGCACCUUACUUCGCCUCCCUCAGCUGUUCUCGGGCUGGCUACCAUGCGAUACGGCCAGGGCACAGAUCAAAACAACCUCUCGAUGGCGCAGCAGCAGCAGCAUCAACAACAACAACAGCAGCAGCAGCAGCAACAGCAGCAGCAGCAGCCGGCGGUAUCGUUGGCUGACAGUCUGAUCAACGAGAUGACAGCGGUUAACGGGCUGGCAGCUAACGCAGUGAACAGCGGUGGAUCGGCUAUGGAUCAGCUCUUGUACAACUACAGCAACAAUGCUGCCAGCAUCUCAGCAACACAUAGCAACAUCCCAUCGGCACCGACCGCCUCCUACGGUGCGGGCAUGCAUCCGGCCACCCACAACUUUGCUAGCAACCUUAUGCUCCAGACACCAGCAUCGCACCAGACAUAUCUGACGCUACAGGGGAGCAGUAACAGCGGCAGCAACAACCCAACUGACCACGGCGGCAAUAACGGCGUCGACAAAUCGGCGGGAAUCUUGAUGGGCAGCAUGCCACCAUCGCUGGCUACUGACCUGUCGAACUUGCCAAUUGGCCGCUACUUCACUGCUCUUGGAUUUCAAAACCGGCAAAAUAUGGAAGGCGCGGUUAAAUCGACCUCGCAACAGCAGCGACAACAGCAGCAGAAUGUGGCUGCCGCGCUGGCGCAGGGUGGCAUAAAUCCUGCGCUGCCAUUUGUGCCAAUGCUAGCCGUGCCAAUCGCCACUACAUCAACAACGCCGGCUAUCUUUGUCAAUAGUGGGCACCUCAAAGAGCAGCCCGUUCGGCGACAGACACUGGCAACGCCAGCACCUUCAGCAAAUGCACAUACUCAGCAGCAACAGCAGCAACAACAACCACCACGGAGCCGGCAAUCGCUCCUAGUAUCAGAAGCGGCACUAUCGCCAAGAACAGCAGCGGCAGUGGCAGCGGCAGCAGCAGUGAGUGCGGCCACAGUCACAGAGCCACCGCCGAUAGCCUCGACCCAGAAGAUUCAGCACAACAACAGCAACAAUGCUGACGUCGAUAAUGGCGGUGUCGUUCGCAUGGAAGAUCUCGCUGAGCGUGGCGCAGUGAUUGCCGUCAACGGAAACUACCAGAUCCCCGGCGACCUACUGGCUACUGGACGGAGCUCAAUGACAAUUGGAGCGGCUGUAGGCAGCGACAAGCGCCGGUUCAAUCUGAAAUGGCUGUACGACUACCCAUGGCUGCGCUUUGACCCGCAGGCCAAUGCCAUGAUGUGUGCGCUGUGCAAGGACGGCAAGCGUGCGAAUCAGUUUGCCAAGCGUGGCAGCCGCAACUUUAAGACCGGAGCGUGGCACAGUUUUGGUGCCCCGUCCUUUGGGCCCGGCAACCCCGUGCUUGUCCUUAUCGAUGGCUUGUGGGCUGCAGUGUCGCCGACCUCCUCACUCGCAACUGGCUCGGCCAGUGAUCAUAACAAGCCACUGCAGACAAAUGUCGUGCUGACACAAUCUCCUGGCGAACUGCGCCCAGCCACUUCGUCGCCACGGCAUGCCCCUAGUUCGGCGAAUACGCCUCACGCCAGCGGUAUGAAUACAGCUACCAAGCCUGGUCCACCACGGCAGGCCGGUGCCUCGCAGUCUCUCGAGCUUGUCAAUCCCAGCCAACAUAUGGAGAUUGUGUCCGAGAUGCGUCAUUUUUCAGAAUCGUCUACAGCACCAACACCUCACCAGCACCAGCACCAGCACCAGCAGCAAUUGCAAAACUUGGCAAGAGUCAGUGGCGCCGGGUUUCCACCACACAUGCCACAGAUGUCAGAGACUGCAGAAGCAUCGACAAUCGUCGUAAACCACACGCAACAGUCUUCAGACGGCUCAGUUGUCGUUUCAGCCCGGACACCCGCAGCUCAGACCAAUACGGCUGACUCGACAAAUACCGUCGACACGUUCAACUCUGCGUCACAUAUGUCAGAAGAUCAUUGUCACCCCGCAGCGGCCACGCCUGCACCCGAAGCGCCGCGUGGCAACCUUGUGGUACGUGGCGCCAGCCGCACCACAGUGUCGUCAUCGGUCAGUAGCAGCAGCAGCGCAAUGAUGGAGGAGAAGUACAUUAAGGAGUUCAAUUUUGCGCUGCAGGCGCUGCUCCAGGCCAUGGAUCACAAUCUCCCGCUGUCAUCGGUCUUAAAUCUGUACAAGCUGCAGCUCGCUCCGGCACCCAUUUCGACCAUCGGCUCGACUGGCGCUGCAGCCAGGAGCAGGGCGAAGAAGGAUGACGUCAGUUUGGCAGGCGCUUUGUGCGAUGGCAUCGAAGCUGCGCGGUCACUGCAGCACGUGGUGUCGAGUGAGGUAUUGUCGCUAAUUAAGGAUGAAGUCAGCGAAUCGCCAGCUUUCUCGGUGAUCAUUGACGAGGCACCGAUCCGCGAGCACAACAGUCUGGUCGCACACGUGUUGCUGUAUUUGCGCUAUCUGCGCCGCGACCCAUUGUCUGAGACAGGCGAGCUUGAGGUAGCAACACGCUUCUGGCGCUGCGUCCAUCUGUACCACGAAAAAGACGGUCGAGUCGCGCGUCGUGACCCUAUCGGCAUUGUCAUGGUACUACUGAGGCGGGCCAAGAUCGACCUUGAUCGGCUGGUAUGCAUAUCGUACGAGCGGCCAACCACAGCGGGCUUUAACGCCAUGGAGCGUCUUCGGCUGCCGCAUGCGCUCCAUUGGCACGGUGUAUUUGCAUAUGCACAUUCGCUUUCACCUCAGCUGUAUGAGGAAAUUGCCAACAAGUCGGAUGACUUUGUCAGCUUCUCGAUGACGCUGAUGGACCUGUGUCUGUUUGUGUACUCGCACCCUGGCAGCUUCGCGUUUUUGGGCAUUGAUUUCCAGGAGACCCUCUACAAGACGCUGUUUGAGAUCCUGCUCACCGACACUACGCGCACCACGCGCCUGCCUAUCUCGCUCAUGCCUACGAUUGUCAUCACCAUUGCUCGCAACAUUUCGCAGAUCGUGGUCACGGUAGCAGCACUGGCCAAGGUAUCAACAGCUCGCCAAGCUCCAUCAAGCCUGGAUCCGUCGCGCAGCAGCGUGGUUCCCGAUACCGGGGAUGGCAUCUCGCCGUCGUUGACUCGGUCGCCCAAAUCGCCGCGUGCAGCCAUGCAGAUCCCACUCCCGGUUGUUGACAUACUCAUGUCUUCAAUGGGCAGCUCGUCGAGGAGCGGUGGGAACCGGUGUCCGCUGCCAGACGUCUUGUAUGAGCACUUGAGAGACUACAACUUCCUUGGCUGCUUGCACUUUAUGGCCGACAUAUUGCUGCAGGUCAAGCCGAUCUUGGAUCUGGGCAACCACCUGGAGCCACCUAGUCGUGCGUUUGCAAUGCAGACCAACUCGGAGGACAAGCCGAAGAAGACGCUGGAUCAGCUACAGCGUCUGUGCGUCGAUACAAUCCGUGAUGUAGUAGACUCGAUUAGCCAGAUGUAUGGAGAUGAUCGUCACGACGAAGAGGACGACGACGAAGACAGCUCGAUGCAAGUCGACAGGACUCCCCCCCAGGUGAACGUUGAGUUGGGAGAUGACGACUAUGCUGGCCAUCAUCUGAACGAGUUCAUGCAGCUGACUACCCGGAACAAUGACUCCAACGAAUGCACAUUCCGCAGCUUCAAGCUGUGCAAUUACUCGAAGGAUGAAAGCCCAGCACGCCUGAUCGAGCUCAUUCGCACUGCGGCAGCGGCGAUCUUGCAGGACCUGCACGUGCGCUUCUCCACUGACGACCUGGACUCCCUGAAGGCGAUCUCUGAGCUCUGGAGCCCGGACAAGUACCCAGCCAAGGCAGAGGACCUUGCUGUCUUUGGCAACAUCCAUCUGGCCCAGUUUGCAGAGUCGCAAAGACAGCGCGGCUCGGUGCCAACCAUCUCAGGCCUUGGAGUGCAUGGCUCCAGCGGCAACGAGCUCGGCAUGAGGCCACCAAUGCAGCUGGUAGAUAUGCGCACGUUGGUGGAAGAGUGGAGGCUGUUCAAGGCAGAGGCAUACAAGGAGCUGGCACAGCGUCGUAUGACCGCGAUAGACACUGCAUCGGCGGAAAAGGUCAAGGCUGAACACACGUACCGUGGCGCCGACGAUGACGAGGACGACGACUCGGAGCCCAGGCCUCUGCAUGGUCCGUUCUCAACAAACGAAGUACAGGCAGUGUACCGCGAUAUUCUGUUCCCCAGCAGCAUGCUUGCUCCUAGUCGGCGCCGGCUGCGGUCCUUGGAACCUGAUGAGCGGCAGGUCUAUGCUCGCCGGCUGUCGGCAACACCGCACUUGUCAGCCUCUGGUGCCGAGUCACACCCGCCGCCGCCCAUGACAAAGUACCCGAAUCUGGCCAAGCUGUCCACUGCAUGGAAUGUGCUACCGCUAGCGACUUCUCCAAAAAUCUACGAGUUCCGCAAGCGGUACGAGAAGCAGCUUCUGCGCAUCUGCCACGAGCAGGCCGAGAACAAGCUGAGCUCGGUGAACUUUGACAUGGGAGAGACUUUCUCUGAGCUGCUGAACAAGCUGUCGUCGUCAGGCCCGUCCAAGAGCAAGAAGGUCACCGUGUAUGACCUGCUGCAGAACAGCAAGGUUGAGGUUUCCAAGGACAUCUCGGGAUACGAAGAGACAGUCAAGGGCAUCGAGCUCACCGGAGUCACCGUUGAUUACUUCCUCAAGAGCCUCGAUGCGGUGACUAUGGCCCUCGACCACCGUCUGCGCUUGCUAUCAAUAGAGUUUGCCUCAUCUCCACUGGCCGUGGCCAAGCACCCUGGCGACUGCCCCAAGUGGCUGCUCAAUUCGAUGCGCGGGUACUGGCGCCUGGUCUGUCGUCCGCCAAAGCCCACUGCAAAGACAUCGCACCUGUCGAAGGGCAAGAAGCUGCUGGCGACUGGUGCAUCGGCCGCCUCCAAUUCACUGCCUGGAAACGACGGCAGCGGCCUUAUCGGCAGCGCUUCUGGAUCGAGGCGAUCGGCGCUGGCGGCUGCAGCAGAGACGCCGGCUUCGCUGACGCCUUCAAUGGCAUUGAAGAGGCCGCACCACUACCUGGUAGACAGUGUGGCUUCCGGUGACAUUAGUUCACCAUCGCAUGGUGUGGCCAGCGCAAAAGUAGAUAGCCCGACAGCGAAGAGCGUGCUGGAUCGCACUGCCAGUAUAAUCCCAGAUCUACAGAACCAAACACCGGAUAUCAGCACUUUACCCCUGCUCGAAGCCCUGCUGUCUGACCCGUCGACUAUCCCGCAGGACCCAUCAUCGGCAGCGAUGUCUACGCAGACCAUGCCUUCAUCUACGUUCCCGUCAGCCAGGAACCAUGCGUUUGCAGCUGAGCCCAGCAAUAUUCCGAGCGACGAUGCCCAGUCGAUUGCAAGCAUGCCGCCGAGUAAGCGCCAAAGACAGCUCCCAGAUCGCAUGACCAGCGGAGAAUACCGUAGCUACAGCCAUAUGGGUACUAUGCACCAGCCGGGCCAGCUUUUGGCAACUGAUCAGUCGCAGCAGCGGACAGCAUCGUCGCUAGCCGGUGCCAUGGAUAUGGAUGGAAGUGACCAGCAUGACACAGAGUCCUUUGGAACCACUAUCGCGCAGCUGGUUUCGAACAUGGGGUUGGACCCAGUCACCACGCAAGUGCUUGCGGCUACUAUAUCUAACCAGUCGUCGCAUAUCCUCCCUCUGCAGCCUCACGACUCGUUUGCUGGCUUGGCCAUGCCCGCUGGAAGUAGCCACGCCGACUCGCUCUCAUUCUCUGGUGCAGGCAGCGGAAUGUUUAUGCCUGCCGAGCAGCAGCAGCAGCAGCAGCAACAUCAGCAGCAGCAGCAGCAGCAAAGCUAUGGUGCUCAGGUUGCACUGGCAUCGCAGGCCGCUGCAAUGAACAUGUCGUGCAUGCCUAGCCUCCCCAGUGCAUCACUCGACAUAUCCAGAAACCCAAGUCUCCAGCAGCUUUCCACAUCGCUACCUGGCAACAGCAAUCCUCUGCCACACACUGCAUUUGAUUUCCAAGCGCAGCACCAAAAGUAGGCGAUGUCGCUCUCACAACCUGUAGACAUUGUCUUUCUAGUGAGGAGGCUCGUCUUUCGUACUCGCAAUCCAACUUAUACACUUCCCAAUACACAUUACUUUUCUAGACGUUAAUAGCCAUUUCUAUAUUUGCAUGUAAACUGUCCAUGUAGAUUGACAAUCGAC